AUGGAGGGCGCAGCUUCCUUCGCGUAUGCGCGGUCUCCCCGGGGUCCCGCGAUGCUCGGGGGCGCGCAGGAUCUGAGCGGAUAUACCGUGAAAGCUACAGUUCUCCUGAACUUCGCUGAACCUAAAACUGGUUACAGAUCCGUGAGGGUUUCCUGCGGCCGAGCCCAGACCAGGAAGGACCCGGAGAAGCUCGAGGGUCACCCGGGACCGGCCGGCUGGGAGCUGCCGCGGACUGGGUGGCCUUCCUGCAAGCCGGCGAGGAGGGGCGGAGUUCUGGCUCCGCCGCCCGGGGGCCCCAGCGCGCGGGAGCCCCCUCACCCGGAGGUUCGGCCGCGCUGCGCCGCCUCCUCUCCUUCUCCAAUCGAAACCGAAACCAUCCCCAGGAUCUGGCUGCGAUUCUCAGCCCGGGAUCCGAAGGCGGAGCCGCGGUCUCAGGCCUCCAAGGACAGACAGCAGAAGUCGCUACAGCACCGGCUCGUUGGUCUAGGGACAUCGGCUAGUUUUCGGUUUGAAGACUCCGGAUCUCUGCGGAGUCCUGAGCAACGGAAUCGCGGUUCCCGCCGGCCGCGAUCCGAUCGUCCGCGCUGGGUCCUGUUCCGCCAAGCGGCCGUCGCUGCGCUGGGUCGCAGCAGCGGCGGCGGCCUCCUCGAGCCCUGGGCCUGGCCCUGGGGGAGGACACCGAGGUGGCUCAGUCUCGGCUCUCGGGAGGCCAGACGGCCACUGGGCUGGGUGAUGAUCGGGCUGGGCGAUGAUGUGACUUGCUGCGUGUGUUUAUAGUCUGGGUAAUAAACUCAAA